AUGUCUGGAACUUCCAACGUCGGUAACAGUGCGGUCUACGAGUCCCAGGACCAGGUCACCAGGUCCAACGCCGAGAUCGAGCAGGAGAAGAAGGAGGCCCGCUUCCACGAGGGCAAGGAGCACUCUCACAAGGCUCAGGACUCUAAGGACGAGCGAUCCAUCGCCAACAAGCUCGAGCGCGAGGAGAAGCGUGAGAAGGAGGGUGAGGAGAAGUCUCUCGAGGACCGCCAGCGCGAGCAAGAUGCCACCCUCCCCGCACGCGCACACGGCAACGAGCCUUCCAAGGGAGCCAAGAUCGACCAGGAGCUGAGGGAAGAGGACGAGGCUAUGCUCAAGAAGAAGGGCGCCAACUAA